GGGUUCAUUUCUGCCCCCCUGUGGGUAAAGUAACCAGUGCAUAGGAGCUUAUAUCCUGCCACCAAGGUUAGUCAUUAACCUUGUCUUCUCGGGAGCUGAGUGGGACAAAGGCAGACAGCAGUCUGUCCGCGGCAUGCUGCCUCUCGGCCGCCACAUCUUACCAUGGGAGACUGUGACCACAGCGAACACGAGCGGGCUUUGACCCUGGAGGAUGGCAUUACUGUAGCCUUCAGUAAAGUUGACAGCCAUGACACCGACGACGACGGAGACUGUGAGUGUUUCGACGAGCAGACGGCACAAACGCGCCCGUUACAGGGAGAAUCCAGAGCGUGGAGCGGCUGUGAUGAUGUUACCGAGGAGAAAGAGACGAGAGGAAAUCAGCACGCACCGGAACAGCGCCACAAGAAAACACUGUGUCCACCGGCGUUUUGCGUCAGAGAGUCAACAUCAGCACGGACUGAGAGCGCACCCAAAGACACAGAGAAACCAAAGCCAUGUGCCGGUCUUGGUUUGUUCUAUGCGCUUCUGUCCACUGUAUUCUUCUCCAUCAUCACUGUUCUGGUCAAAACCAUCCAGGGACUUCAUGCCAUAGAGAUCAGUGGCAUUCGCUGCUUCUUCCAGAUGCUCUUUGUGGCACCACUGCUCAUUUAUCACAAGACAGGCUUCAUUGGCCCCAGAGACAAACGCAUCUUUCUGUUACUGCGUGGCCUCCUUGGCUCCAAUGCCAUGAUCCUGCUCUUCUACGCUGUGCAGCAGAUGCCUUUAGCAGACGCCACUGUCAUCAUGUUCAGUAAUCCAGUCUUCACUUCAGUGCUGGCCUGGAUAUUUUUGAAGGAGAGGUGUACAAUCUGGGACUGUGUCUUCACUAUCUUCACCCUCACAGGGGUCAUUCUCAUCGCACGACCACCUUUUAUCUUUGGAAAGCAUCUCAGUGGCAUCGAGAGUAACUAUAGCAACCACAUCAAAGGAGCUAUAGCUGCAUUUGCAGGUGCAAUUGGAGCUGCUUGCACGAUAGUUAUUCUUCGUAAGAUUGGGAAGAGUGUCCACUACUACCUCUCUGUGUGGUAUUACGCUGUCAUUGGACUGAUCGAAUGCAUUAUUACUGUUUCCGUCCUUGGGGAGUGGAAGAUCCCCACGUGUGGCCGCGAUCGCUGGAUGCUAAUGUUGAUAGCGGUGCUGGGCAUUGCUGGUCAGUCUUUCCUCACAAAGGCACUGCAGAUUGAGAAGGCCGGACCCGUGGCUCUGAUGAGGACUGUGGAUGUGGUGCUAGCAUUUAGCUUUCAGUUCAUCUUCUUUAACCGCACACCUACCUGGUGGAGCCUGGGAGGGGCGUUGUGUGUGGUCGCCAGCACAAGUGGAAUAGCACUUAGGAAGUGGUACGUCAACUCACGCAAAAGCUGAGUAUUUAUUUUGACAUUCAAAGGAUUUUUUGUUUUGUUUUUUGUAUUUCAUUGUUACUUGAAUUAUUGUGAAUAGUUACAUCCUAUUUGGAUGUAAGACAUCAUGGUGCAUUAUACUUUGUUUCUAUGCACACUAUACAAGUAUCCUUACUAUAUUAAUAUUUAAGUUGUUUUUCUGUUUUUAAGAAAUUAUCACACCAAGAUUCUUUCAAAACUUAGUAGUAAUUAUUUAGCUGGUGUGUGUAUAGAAAGUUUUGCUUUACUUUAAAAUCAGAUAAUGGAAGCGCUUUGCACUGAACAUUGUGCACUUGGAGGGUCCUUCAGCACCUUGGCUAAAGCUGUCACAUGAGGAUUAAAUCAGAACAAUUGAUGAAACAUGUGACCUUUGACCCAGAAGAUUUCUUUAUAGGAGAGUAAACACUUAUUCCCUUACACUAUUAUAGUGUUCUCUUUCUCUCUUUGUGAAAGAGGGGUUGUUACAGGGAGCUGUUUGCACUUUAUUAUUGUCUAAGGAUAGAAAGUAUAAUUUUCCUGAAGCCUUUAUAUAGAGUUGUAUCUAUGACCUAAGUCACAGGGACUAAUAUUUCAAAAGGUGGUGUAAAACACUGUCAUGUAAAAGGCCCUGCAGCUAAAACAUGUGCCUUUUACAUGUGGCUGUGUAUUUUUAAACAGCAGUGGCCCUGUGGAUGGUCAGUGACUUAUGUACUUGAGUAUUUCAAUCCUUUCUUAAGCAAUCAAUAACAAUAACUAUAAAUAUUUCCCCUAUGUUUUGUGCAGAUACAGUGAUACCGCUUAUGACCUUGAUGUCUUGUGUUGUUAUUAGUUGCUGUAAAGAUCAAGCUUCAUUGCAGACUAGCACUCUGUGUGAGCAUUGCUCAACUUUAUUAUAGUUUUAGAGGAGUACAAUAGUCAUAAGCGUGUUUUACUGUGGGCUGGAGCUACAGUUCUUUGGUGGGCCUUUAGAGUCCACAGUUAAUCAUUGCAGCUCAUACAGUUGAAACCAGAAGUGUACAUACACAACAUAAAAAAGACACAUACACUUCCCCCUCAUUAUCUGACAGGAAAGCAGACUUAACGUUUCCUGUUUUAGGAUUACCAGAAUUAUUUCUAUUACUAAAUGCCUGAUUUGGGUUUUUUUUUCUUUUUUUUUUUUUCUUUUUUUUCCAGAUUUUUUUUGGGACAAUUUUUCAUUUCUUUCUUCAAAGUCAGAAGAUUACAUACAGUAAGAUUACUAUGUAUUUAAACAAUUUGGGAAAACCCAGAUGAUGAUGUCAGGUCUUUGACAACAUUUGAGUUAAUUAGAGACACACCUGUGAAUGUAUUUGAAAGCACACCUGAAACACACUGCUUCUUUGUGUAACACCAUUUGAAAGUAAAGAAAAUAAAUCAGCCAAGAUAUCAAGAAGAGAAUUGUGGAGAAUUGCACAAGUCUGGUUCCUCCUUGGGUGCAAUUUCCAGAUGAAUGAAGGUGCCUCAUCUAUUCAAACAAUUAUACACAAGUAUAAACACCAUGGGAAUGUCCAGCCAUCAUCCCGCUCAGGAAGGAGACAGGUUCUGUUUCCAAGAGAUGAGCGUGCUUUGGUCCGAAAUGUGCACCUCAACCCAAGAACAAAAGCAAAAGGCCAUAGUGAAACAAGUACUGUACCAACAUGGGCUGAAAAGGCCACUUUGCAGGAAGAAGCCAUAACUCCAAAAGAAACAUAAUAAAGCCAGAUUACAGUUUGCAAAUGCACACAGGGACAAAGACAUAAAUUUUUGGAGACAUGUCCUGUGGUCUGACGAAGCUAAAAUUGAACUAUUUGGCCAUAAUGGGCAUCUUUAUAUCUGGAGAAAAAAGCUUGCAAGCCUGAGAACACCAUCCCCAACUGUGAAAUACAGGGGUGACAGCAUCAUGUUGUGGGGUUGUUUUGCUGUAGGAGGGACUGGUGCACUUAACAAAAUAGAUGGCAUCAUGUGGAAAGAAUAUUAUGUGGAAAUACUGAAGCUACAUCUUAAAACAUCAGCCAGGAAGUUAAUGCUUGGGCGCAAAUGGGUCUUCCAAAUGGACAAUGACCUGAAGCAUACUGCCAAACUGGUUACAAAGUGGCUUAAGGAUAACAAAGUCAAUGUUUUAGAGUCUCAAUUCUAUUGAAAAUUUAUAGGCAGACCUGGCUAAAGGCACGUGCAAGCAAGGCGGCCUACAAACUUGGCUCAGUUACACCAGUUCUCUCAUGAGGAAUGGGACAAAAUUCCUGCCAACUCUUGUGAGAAGCUUGUAGAAGGAUAUCCAAAACAAAUCAUAGCGUUUAAAGACAGUGGUACCAAAGACUUAUGAAAUUUAUGAAAACAUCUGACUUUGAAGAUGAAAAAUUGUCUAGAACAAUCGUUUUUCAUUUAUUCCGGCAUUUGGCAAAUAGAAAUAAUUUUAGUAAACUUCUGGUUUCAAAUGUACAUAUUCAUAUUUUGCAUUUUUUUUUGCUUCACUUUCAGUAUCUUAUCUGAACCAUAUCAGAUUCAAAUAAUUUUCAUAAAUAUUUAAAUUAUACUGUAUUUAUAAAGGACAUGGUAUGUAUUUAAGUAUUACAAUACCUCUGAACACAAUACGUAUUUUGACUGCUCGAAGCCUCUAAAUGCAAUACUACACAUAGAGGCCUACUAUAGUACUGUUUCAUAGACCAAUGACUCAACACACUAUUCAGAUUUACUAUGCAAUUGUGUUCAUCUAAAAACUGGCAUACUUUUAUUUAUUGUUUUUCUUUACGCUCUAAUGUGCUCCAUAUGUAAUAAUCGGUUACUUUUGAAUGAAUCACUUUGGAGAUAUAAGCCUUAACCUUGAAGCUGUUUUGUAUCC